GCAGAACUGUCACCGGAAACUCUGCCAUCUUUCCGAUUCCUGUCCAGAGACCCGCACCACUUCACCUCAUCAUAAUGCCAAAAUCAAAGGAAGUGCUGUCUUCCACAUCUGGAAGUGACUCCGACAGUGAAGUGGAGACCAAGGCAAAGAGAAAGAAGUCAAGUGCACCAGAGAAAGCAGCCAAGAAACCAAAGAGUGGAGAGAGCUCCAAGCCAGGUGGCUCAUCCAAGGGCAGCAGUAAUGCUGAUGACAACAUGUUCCAGAUUGGAAAGAUGAGAUAUGUCAGCGUCAGGGACUUCAAAGGUAAAGUCCUGAUUGACAUCAGAGAGUACUGGAUGAACCAGGAUGGGGAGAUGAAGCCGGGAAAGAAAGGUAUCUCCCUGAAUCCUGAACAGUGGAACCAACUGAAGGACCAGAUUUCAGAAAUCGAUGAUGCCAUUAAGAGAAUAUAAGCAUUCCUGUCAGUGUUAUCUGUCGGCUCACCCGUUUUGUAAAAAGCCUGGGAUUGUUUUUUACUUGUUUAAUUUGUAGUUGUAUAGCUCCAAUGUCAUCUGCAUACUUAUGUGUUUGUGUGAAACUUGUGUUUGAGCUGUUGUAGUGAAGGUGUGUGUGGAUGAGUAGGUGAUCGAUCAUCACAGCUGGUGGGAAGGGUUCGUCAAUACAGUGAUGUUUUUGUAUCAAAUAAUAAAAAUGAGGCACUAGUUUAAUAUUGUUGUUCAGUUAAUGUUGAAGUUUGUGUUCAAAGUUUGACCCUCAUGUAAAUAGAAAUGAUAAGCCUGCUUCAGCUGACCUUUGUUUUAUAUAGUACCCAAUAUUCAUGUCUGAGAGACAAGCCCAGACUGUUGCGCUGUACUUUUAGGUAAGUAGAUUCAGAUCUGGAAAAAUAAAAGAUCCCAUUUAACAGA